AUGGCCCAAAGUGCUUGUUUAUUAUCUCGAAUAAUGGCCACUUCUGUAUCUGCUACUGUAAGAGCAGGUAAAAUCAUAAGAGAUGUUAUGACUCAUGGAAGUUUAAAUAUAGUAGAAAAAGGCAAAAAUGAUUUACAAACUGAAGCUGAUCGUUGUGCUCAAAGGUGUAUUAUUGCUUCAUUAAGCCAACAGUUUCCAAAUAUUACUAUUAUUGGUGAAGAAGAACCAUCAAACUGUGAUAUACCAUAUGAUUGGAUUGUAACUGAUGCAGAUCAAGAAAUGUUACAAUUAAAAUUACCAACCCAUUUGGAAGAUAUAGAUCCUAAGGAUGUGUGUAUUUGGGUAGAUCCAUUGGAUGGAACAUCAGAAUAUGCACAAGGUCUUGUAGAACAUGUUACAGUAUUAGUAGGAGUGGCAAUUGGACAUAGAGCAAUUGGAGGUGUAAUUCAUCAACCAUAUUACAAAAACAAGGAGAAUGAAAUAUUAGGACGUACUCUUUGGGGUAUUAAUGGUGUAGGAUUUGGUGGGUUUGCACCAAUUGCUCCACCACAUGGAAAAAUAAUAGUUACAACCACAAGUUCACAUUCAAACAGCAAUGUUCAAGCAGCUAUAAAUGCUUUAUCUCCUGAUGAAGUUUUACAUGUUGGUGGUGCUGGAUAUAAAGUAAUACUUUUAAUGGAAGGGAAAGCUCAUGCUUAUGUAUUUGCUAGUAAUGGUUGUAAAAGAUGGGAUACUUGUGCCCCUGAAGCUAUUCUUCAUGCAAUUGGUGGUACAUUAACUGAUAUUUAUGGAGAGUUCUAUUCUUAUAAUGCAGAAACAACAUAUUCUAAUGAAAGAGGUGUAUUAGCUACUGCACCUGGUCAGAAUCACCAAUGGUAUUUGAAUAAUAUACCAUACGAAUUAAAGCAAAAAUUAGAACAGUAAUAUAUAUAAUUUUACAGAAAAUAUUUAAUAUAUAUUUAAAUAGAAGAUCAGAUAUCAAAAUAUUCUAUUAAUAUGACUAGAAUAGAAAACAUGUAAUUUUUUUUUAUAUUUCAAAUUUUUUAUGAAAUGAACUAAAAAAAUUAUAAAAUAUUAGUAAAAAAUCGAUCAUUGUUUAUAAGAAAUAUGUUCUGAUAGAAAUUUUUGAAUAUUAUUUUAGUAAUUAUUUAUACUUAUAACAUCUUUUGAGCCUCUUUAAAACAAAUAUAAAUAUAAACAAAGAAUAUAUUUAAAUUGAUGAUACUUCAUAUUUUUUUGCUGAUAUUUUAUAAUUUUGAUUUGAGUGUAUCACGUAAUACUCGACGCAAAAUUUUUCCCGAUGCAGUUCUUGGAACAUUUUCAAUGAAUUUUAUGCCACCUCGAAGUCGUUUAUGACUCGAUACUCGUUCUGUAAUAUAUUUCAUUAAUUAAACAAAGAAUUAUUAAUUAAA